CUCACGGCUCCAUCUGGGCUAAUGUCCAGCCUCUUUCGCAUCAGCCAGGUGCUAAAAGGCAAUGCCAGCCAAUACGUGAUCACCCAGCGACUGCAGGAUACAGUAUGGCUUGCAAAAAACCAUCUGCAAGAACUUGUCGUGAUAAAGAGCGUCCAGGGCCACUUUCGAGUGGCCAGCGAGCGCGAGGUUCUCAAACGAUUCAGCGGCCGGUCCCGUUAUAUUCGACCAUUGGUAGACGAAAUCACGGAACCGUCUGAACCGACGACAAUCGUCCUGCGGCACCUGGACGGCCACCUGGGGGUUCUUGAGGCGCUGCGGAUCUUGCCCAGCGAGGGUUAUGUGCACGCAGAUAUCAAGCCCGACAACAUUUUGGUAAACUACCAGUCCAACGACGAGGAGAAUCGCUUCUCAGAUGUGCAGCUUGGUGAUAUGGGGAGCUCCUAUCCCGAGGACCACAAGUACGCUCGAGAGGGGGCUCCAAUCGGCGCGGCAAUCUGGCGCAGCCCGGAAGCCUUGUUCAAACGACCGUGGGACACAAAGACUGAUAUCUGGUCGUUCGGCGUACUGCUCAUCAGCCUUAUAUACGGCGGUGAUUUCAACACCUUUGACCCCCCAGGCGUGCCAUAUAGGUUCAACGACCCAGAGUACGAAUUCGAAGUCUUGAAACGGCAGUUCCAGUUCUUUGGGCCUUUCCCGGGAAAGUACGGAGAGAUCGCAGAUGACGACACGGUCGAGGUGAUCCUCUGGUUGAUGGAGAACCUGCGGGAUAACAUGAAACCGUUCCAUAUGAUCGCUGACCGGGAGAUGUGCCAGAAGGACAAUGAGUUUAUUGGGUGGUUCAUGAAGCUCGAUCCUCGAGACAGACCCACGGCGGAAGAGAUUCUUGAUCACCGGUGGUGGGAUGAUACGGAUGAGCCCUUCAGCCUCCCGGGCGGACUAUGCCUUGAGCGGGCGAUAUGA